AUGUCCCAGUCUUUGUUAUUAUUAAGAAACUCUUCCUCAUUAUGGAAGAAAACCAUUCAAAAAUCUGCAUACAUAUCAUCAUACAUUAAUAAAACUAAUAUGUCCCCAUCAAUUCUAAUAAAUUAUCCAGUUUACAAUCUAAAGAGUUUUCAUACUGGUCCAGUGACGGGCUCACUUAAAGCACAACCUGCCAAGAAAGUUAUGAAAACUAAAUAUAAUUUCGAACCUGCUGAACCUUUGGCUAUUCAAGAUCUGAAUGAAUCCGUUCUAAACGCCAAAUACGCCGUCAGAGGUUCUAUUCCAAUGAGAGCCGAAGAAUUAAAAAUACAAUUACAAAAGGACCCUAAAUCGUUACCAUUUGAUAGAAUUAUUAACGCUAAUAUUGGUAACCCCCAACAAUUAAAUCAAAAACCAUUGACUUUCUAUAGACAAGUACUAUCUUUGGUACAAUAUCCAAACUUAUUAGAGUCCCUAGAGAAAUCUGGUUCAACCAAGGAAUACAAGCCCGAUGCUAUAAAGCGGGCUAGACAUCUAUUGAAUGCCAUAGGUGGAUCUGUCGGUGCUUACUCAAACUCUCAAGGUGUUUACGAAAUCAGAGAAACGGUCGCUGAUUUCAUAACAAAAAGGGAUGAAGAUGAACCAGCUUAUCCAGAAGAUAUCUUCUUAACUGCUGGUGCUUCCGCUGCCGUGAAUUAUUUACUAUCUACUUUAAGUAGAGGUCAUGAAACCGGUGUUCUUAUCCCAAUCCCACAAUAUCCAUUAUACACAGCUACUUUGGCUCUAAACAACACACAUGCAUUACCAUACUAUUUGGAGGAAAAGACUGGAUGGUCUACUAAUAUGGUAGAUAUCGAAAAGGUUGUCAAUAAGGCUAUUGCAGAUGGUAUUAAACCUUCUGUCUUAGUUGUCAUAAAUCCAGGUAAUCCAACGGGUGCUGUCUUAUCUAGAGAAUCUAUCGCUAAGAUUUUCGAAAUCGCCUCUAAACAUGGUAUAGUCGUCAUUGCUGAUGAAGUUUAUCAAGAAAACAUCUUUGGUGACGUCAAAUUCAUCUCCAUGAAAAAGGUUCUAAGAGAACUUCAACAUAACCAUCCAGGUCAAUUUGACGAUGUUCAAUUGGCAUCAUUGCAUUCUACUUCCAAGGGUGUCUCCGGUGAAUGUGGUCAAAGAGGUGGUUAUAUGGAACUUACUGGUUUCAGACCAGAGAUCAGACAAGUGCUCUUAAAAUUAGCUUCCAUCUCAUUAUGUCCAGUUGUUACAGGUCAAGUAUUGAUUGAUUUAAUGGUUUCCCCACCUCAAAAAGGUGACGAAUCCUACGAACAAGAUCAACUAGAAAGAUCUGCCAUUCAUUCAGAAUUGGAUAAGAGAUCCCAAUUACUGUACAAAACUUUCAAAAGUUUAGAAGGUAUCGAUUGUCAAAAACCUCAAGGUGCCAUGUAUUUGUUCCCUAAUAUUCAAAUGCCAUUCAAGGCCGUUCAAAAGGCUCAUCAUCUAGAUAUGACUCCAGAUGAAUUCUACUGUAAAUCAUUACUAGAAGCUACUGGUAUUUGUACCGUUCCAGGUUCUGGUUUCGGUCAAGUCAAUGGCACAUACCAUCUAAGAACUACAUUUUUGGCCCCAGGUGAGAAAUGGAUUAAGGACUGGGCUAAAUUCCAUAAGGAAUUUUUCAACAAGUUCCGUGACUAA